GUUAAUGUUGCCGAGAGCAACAAAUAGAUACAAAACCUAUGUAGCAUAUAAAAUAGAUACCAAUAUAAUAUACUGGAAGUUCACAAAACAGAUGACUGCGCAACCAGCUCAAAUACAAACACUUAUUUUAUCAUACCAGUGUCUUACUUUACAUACUACACAGGUUUUGCAACUAUGUGCAUAGGUAGCUUACCUACAA